AGUUGUAGACUUGGAGUGACUAGUGAACCACGAAGCCUCGUCCUCGAAUAAAUUUUAGCUUGAACCGGAGAGCGCGCUCAGCUGAGCUAAAUUAACGCUGUCUCCCUCUGGUGUCAUGGACAUGGCUUUUGUUGCUUCUUCGUCUUCCUCUCGUGCCGCCGCUUCUUCUCCACUGCUCGCCCGACCGGGAAUUCCCAAACUACCCUUCUCCACCACUACUGCAACUCCUUUGCGGAGACAACAACAAAAAAGACCCUUGCUUCUCGUGGCGGCGGCAGGUAAGAACAACACGAACGCCGUCCCGGUUCAAAACGACAAGAGCAAAAAAGAAGAGGAGAUUGAAGAGAUAGAAGUGGAGGAGGAGUUGCCGUGGAUUCAGGAGAAGGCGUUGGACCUGGUGGAGUUCACUGGCUCCGUCACACAGGCUCUUCCCGGUCCCCGAGUCGGUCACAGUUCCUUGCCUUGGAUUCUCGCUCUACCGUUGGCUUAUGCGGGAAUCACAUUCAUUGUUGCCUUCGUUAAGACGCUCAAGAAGUGGAAUUCUCCUAGACAGAAGCGCAAGAGAUUGGUCAAUACAAAUGCUGUCUUGUGCAAAACAAUAGAUGAGCUAUUUCAAAAAGGGGAGGAUGCAAUACGACACUCAGAUUUAACCGGACUUGUGAAACAGACAGACUUUAGCAUGGAGGAAAUUUUGCGCAAGUAUAUUCGCUAUGUGUUGAAUGAAAAGCCAUUUAAUCCAGACUUGGUAGCCAACUUAAUUCAGCUCAGGAAAGCUUCUAUGUUGGAUGACUCCCAGAUUGCUGAAAUAUUAAAUGAAAUCUCAAGAAGGAUUGUGCGAGAAAAAGGCCCUGUUGUCACGGAUUUGGCUGGGUAUUCUGAGAAGGGAUUUAAGCGAAAACUCGCUGUACAGGCCCUUUUUGGGAAGGUUUUCUAUCUAUCUGAGCUACCGGAGUUCUGUUCAAGGGAUAGUUCCUUAGUUGUCAAGGAAAUAUUUGGAGUUACUGAUGACGACGCUGACAAAUUAAGGCAACACACGAUCUCUGAAGCCGGGGACAUGGAUUCGAUUGAGAAGAUGGUAGACGGUUCAGAUUCAGAAGUUUCUGGUGACGAGUAAUCAAAUGCUUCUUGAUUACAAUAAUUGUUAUUGAUUAAAAAGCUUCUCGUAGGGGGUUUUUCCAACAUAAAAUUGUCCUCAUAGAACUUAUCCAAUUUCAUGUCAUUUGGCAAUGUUCUCAAGAGUAUCAUAUGCACCGGAAAAGUUUUUGACAGAGUCCAGUCUUGUGUUUCUAAGUUGCGAUGCGUCAUUCUUAUGAGCGCUUGUACCAGAAUUCCAAUUUUGGGGGUAGAGAAGCAUGGAGUUGUUGUAUAUGCAUGUCUAUGGCAUGUAGGUAACAAAUUUUUGCGUAUUCCUCCGAUCCUCGAUGUUUGUUGGGUCUUUCUUUUCCAUUUACUGUAAAGCCCUACAUCGAAUAGACUGAAGAGUUCAGCCACAUUCUUUUCUUUUUGAUUGCUA